AAUGAGAUCCCUCAAAAUCCUGCCAGGAGCUCUAUUUUAGGUGGAUUGCAUGGAAAUAAACAUGUCCCGCCUUUCAAGUUUAAUCCAGUUUUAUUUUACUUUGGGUUUGAGACAUUGGGAGAUACUGCUGUCUUUAAGCAAUGUAAAUGGUAUUGUUAUUAGUGCGUCAACUUUGCGCAGACACCUCAAGACUUUGCGCCUGUUCAGACGAAAAGAACAUUCUGAUCUGCUUGACGUUGCUGUGUUUCUACAGGAUCAGUUGAACCGAUAUGGUAUGCUUCACGGAUAUAAGAUGAUGCAUCUGAAAUGCAUUCAGGCUGGCUAUGUGGUCACACAAGAGACAAUCAGGCAAUUGUUGAAAAUACUGGAUCCCCAUGGAGUGCAACUGAGGCGCCGGAAUCGUCUUCGGCGACGUUUGUAUCAUAAUCCAGGCCCGAACUUUUUAUGGCAUGUUGAUUCAUAUGAUAAACUCAAACCAUAUGGGAUCUGCAUCAAUGGUGCAAUCGACGGGUUUUCACGAAUGGUGAUAUGGCUACAUGCAUACUCUACAAGUAGUGAUCCCAAGGUCAUCGCUGGAUACUUUAUUGAUGCGGCGUUAUCAAGGAAUGGGACAGCCACCCGAAUUCGCUCAGACUUAGGGACAGAGAACUGUUACAUGGAACAGAUGCAGAUGUUCAUGAGACAUGAUCAUACGGACGACUUUUCGAGAAAUUGCUAUUUGUAUGGCUCAAGCAAUCAUAACCAACGGAUAGAGCAGUGGUGGGGAUUUUUGAGGAAACAGCAUGCACAGUUCUGGAUCAACCUAUUUCAAGAUCUAAAAGAUUCUGACGACUUCUCCGGUGACUUCAUAGACAAAAGUCUAAUACAGUUCACAUGUCUUGAAAUAAUAGAGAGAGAACUGCAGGAUGUUGUUCACCUUUGGAACACGCACAGAAUUCGCCCAUCCAGAAAUGCUGUGUCUCCAUGUGGACGUCCAGUGAUGAUGUACACCCUACCCCAACUUUUUGGUGCUAGGGAGUACCUUAAAGAGGUAUCCCAACAGAAGAUACAGGCUUGUAGGGAGGAAUGUCGUGAGAGAGGACCAUAUCCCUGUGAUAAUACAGUGUUUGACAUUUGUUGCCUUGCCAUGGUAGAAAACAGUCUUCAUCCACCAACCUCUCCAGAGGAAGCCAUUGAUCUUUACAUGUUCUUACGUGCUUACAUACGUACCCAAAUUUAAUAAUCACAAGUUGUUCUACUGGAUCAAAUGACUGAAUGUGAGCACCCACUCAUAGCCAAAAAAACAACAGAAUUGCUGUUUGGACGGAAAAGGAUAUAUACCAUGACAUUCAUUGUAAAUGUUUGACAGAAGUACUGUGUUUGCAAUCGAUAAUAAACACCUCUUUCAUAAUGGACAUCUCCCAACUCAGCUCCAUAUCAUC